UGGAGACCUUUGCAUAAAAAGAGGAAUGGAAGGUGGUCUUUGAAAAUCGAACUGAAUUUUGAUCGCUGUAUUAAAACAGUAGUCUCCUCAGAUUAAGGGAUUAGUCUAUGACGGGUACGUGUAGUGACCUGUUGUAACCUAUAGAGGGAGUGUACUUUAUUUCCAGUAGAGCGCACAGUAGAAUUGUUUGCUGAAAUUAAACAGGUUUAAAUAUUUUAUGUUGGCUGCUUGAAUAUGAAAAGUAAUAGACGUUGUGGUUGAAAGUAUGCUGCCUUCAUUUCUAAUGAUCCUGUUCUUUGUAAAUAUUAAAACUGUGGUUCGCUCUUGCGCUGCUUCAGAAUUUUCUGUGGAGGGACAGUGUUGCCCCAUGUGCAGUGCAGGCUCUUCUGUACACAAGCUAUGCACACAUGACAUCAGUACAAGCUGCAUCCCGUGUGAACGCGGUACCUACACUGAAGAACCCAAUGGAUUACUUAAAUGCUUUCCGUGCAAAAACUGCGAUCAAGCUUUGGGCCUCACAGUUCGUCAUGAAUGUCAACGCCAUAAAAACACCAUUUGUGGUCCUUUGACUGGAUAUUUCUGUUCUGGAAAAGCAAGGGGUGGUGGCUGUGAUCAGGGUCAAAAACAUACGGUCUGUAAAGCUGGACAGAGAGUCCAGUCACAAGGGACUGCUGAAUCUGAUACAAGAUGUGAAGGCUGCCCUGAAGGAACCUUCUCAACAAAAAACAUGUCGUUAGAUUGCACCCCGUGGACAGAUUGUGCAUUAAAUGGCAAAGUGAAGUAUACAGAUGGGACUUCAACAGCAGAUGUGCAGUGUCAGGAAAAACAGCCCGUGGGUUUAAUAGUUGGAUCAAUAGUUGGAUUAUGUCUUUUUGUCGGAGUCGGAGUCGGAGUCGGAGUCAGGUAUUGGAAGAUUAAAGGUGCAUUUCUAAAUAAGAAAUCCUCUGAAACAGAAGAUAAAGGGACUGAAGAAUCUGUUUUACCAAUACAGGAAUCAAUGCUUCCAGCACAGAAUGAGCAACUAAAUAAUAUGAGCCACAGGUCAGAAGACAGUUCUGGCACACUUUUGUCUGCUUCCACUUUUGAUAGUGGAGUGAGACUUUACCCCUAGAACAGCAUGUGACAUGGCUCUUCCGGUUGGCGCGUCCUCGUCGCUGAGCUGGACUCAUCUGGAAAGAUAUAGAGAUUGGCACCUUGUACAAUUAAUUUUCUUGAGGUUUUGAAUUUUCCAGUCAUGAGACAAAGACCAACCAACUGAAAUGCUCAAAUAGUGUAGCAGAUCCUUUUCUUACAGAGUAACUUGUUUUGAGCUGGAACAGUACUUCUCUUUUAAGUCUUUGCAUCUGACUUGUUGAAUUCAACACCGUGUCUGCAAGAGUGAGCCAGAGGUACCCAAGGUAAACAGUAGUGCCAGCAGGGAAGUUGGGUGUCUGUCAUCUCUAACCCCUGCCUCUCCAGGCUGAGCUCCAAUGAAUCAGAAAGAACAGCAGCAGUACGGUCUGAGUCUGUCUGAUCACACAGUAACCCCCAGAGAUACUGACUGGGAAACUGCGGUUUUUACAUGGAAAUAAAUGAAAUAAAAAAUACAAAUGAGGACGUUCUUUAGAUGUAAAAGGAAAGAAACACAACGAAUGGGCGAGGCUUCCGUGUUAAAGUUGAGGUCAUUCCCCUUUGUUUACCAUUGGUAUCUGCCCAACCCCGCUGUCCUGUCACAUGGCCCGUCUGUGUUACCAUUGUAUUACAUCCACGCGUCCUCCUUUUUACAAGGAUAUGUGUGACCUGCUCCCCUUUCUUUUAAACCAUAGAUCCCUGGAUAGGUCAGGAAGGGAAGAGUUACCGUACAGACUAGGUUAAUUCCCAAAGCAGUAGAGUGAUUGUUGCGAUUUGAAAAUGAUUUACACACACUAUCUUGAUUGUUAAUGAUAAGGGUGUGGCUCACUCGCAAGAGUGUCCGCUAAUCAAAGACUUACUGUUUUUGUUUUCCUUUGGGGUUUUUUUUUUCAUUUUAUAUAAAACUAUGUGAAAGUUGCACGGUCAUGUACUGCAUUGAAUUAAUUGCCUUGGAUCGGGCAGUAUUGCACUAUGAGUGAGCAGUGUGGUUAACCACAGAGCAGACAGCCCCAUGAGAAUAACAGCGAACUGCAAAAGCACUUUUACAAAGGAGACAUGAUAUUCUUACAAUGUUAUCUAUUACAGCUACAGUUUCAACUGUACAUUGCCUGUUUCACUGUAAUAUAGUAGUAUAACUCAAAUCAUUUAUGUAUUUUUUUUUUUUAAGUAGGUUCUGGUAUUAUAGUAGUUUGUAUAUAUGUAAAUAAAGGACCACAUUCUGAAGCAAAUGUUUCAA